AACAAUCCAAAUUUACACAUGGAUAUGAGUGAUUUUUGGAGCUAAUGUGCAAAAUUUACGAGUCCUCUAUGCUAUUGGAUAUCCAUAAAGCAAAUUACCUUAUCCAACUGUGUCCCUAUGGGUAGGCCUUAGUAUGGGAAAUAAACCUGUGAAGCAACAAGAAAGGGAAGAGAUACUAUUGAAAGUUGUGCCUCCUUUGGAUCAUGCAUAUGUUAGAUGGCUUGCUCGGGACGUUGAGAGAAUUCAUGGCUUUACUCCAAAAAACCCUUCUGCUGUGAAGCCACCAGAACAUUAUAUGGAAUACAUGCGCUUGAAUGGAUGGUUGGAUGUAAACUUGGAUGAUCCUGAUCUGGCCCAUUUAUUCAAGUAGGUGAUUAUCUACUUAGUUGAGAAUCUAAAAACAUGACCAAUGCUAGCUAUAGUUGGAUAGUAAGUACUGGUUGUUUAGGAUGUUGUUGAAUGGGGUUGAGAUAGACCUUAACUUAUAAGAAGGUUUUCUGAUGGUAUGAGCUUUUAAACAGCAUUUCAUAUGAUUCAUAUCUUAUUGUAUCUAAUUUGAAUUUCACUCGUACAGCAAAAUAUCUAAUAAAUGUCCCCCUUUUUUCUUUUCUUUU